GGCCGAGCAAGUGUCGUCAUCGGGGCUAGUGUAAGUCCCAGGGUAUGGCGAGAGGCAUCACGCGACGCGAGCGGCGUCGGCGAGUUCCCGGGCCCGGGCGAGCGCCGAGGUAGCGGCAUGACAGCACGGCGCAACACAAACUCUCGGCGCCGACGGCGUGGUGGCGCUGCCGCCGAUGCACCAGCACGCGAAGCGCUUCAGCGGCCUGUACACGGGUCCCUACUUCGACCCCUCCACCACCACCAACAUCACCACCCAGCUGGGCACGCACGCCUACUUGCCCUGCAAGGUCAAGCAGCUGGGGAACAAGUCGGUGUCGUGGAUCCGGCGGCGCGACGCGCACAUCCUCACGGUGGACCGCUACACGUUCAUCGCCGACGAGCGCUUCCAGGCGUUCCUCGUCGAGGCGACCGACACGUGGACGCUGCAGAUCAAGUACGUGCAGGCGCGUGACGCCGGCCAGUACGAGUGCCAGGUCAGCACCGAGCCCAAGAUGAGCCACUUCAUCACGCUCAACGUCGUCGUGCCGAAGAUCGAGAUCGUGGGCGAGUCGGACAUCUACGUGAAGACGGGCAGCACGGUGAGCCUCAAGUGCGUGAUCACGCAGUCGCUGGAGGAGCCGGCCUACAUCUUCUGGUACCACGACAACGAGCGGGUGCUCAACUACGACAAGGCGGCCAAGGACAUCCGCAUGGACCGCGUGGCGCCCGACACCACCGUCGGCACCUUGGUCGUGUACGACGCGCGCCGCGAGGACUCGGGCAACUACACGUGCUCGCCCUCCAACCUCGACUCGGCCAGCGUGCUGCUGCACGUCCUCAAUGGCGAGCACCCGGCAGCCAUGCAGCGCGGCAAGAACGCCGCCUCGCCCAUCCCUGGCCGCUGGUGGAGCCACCUGUCCGCGGGACUCGGCCUGAGCGCGUGCGUGCAGCCUCGCACCACCGCCACGGCCGUCCUGCUGCUCGGGGUCGCAGGGCAGCUCGCCGCGUGGACAGGCUCGUAGGCAGCCUCCCCCUCCCCGCAGUGCUGCAGCCCGAGUCCCCUGGUGGAGCCACCUGCUUGCGGGGCUCAGCCUGCAACCAGCUGCUCGGCACUGACUUGGGUCAUUCUGCAUCUGGGAGUCGCUAGACAUCUGGCAACGUGGACCCUCACACAAGCAGCCUCCGCUGCUCAGAUCCCGCUAGUGGAGCCACCUGCAUGCGGGGCUCAGCCUGCAACCAGCUGCUCGGCACUGACUUGGGUCAUCCUGCAUCUGGGAGUCGCUAGACAUCUGGCAACGUGGACCCUCACACAAGCAGCCUCCGCUGCUCAGAUCCCGCUAGUGGAGCCACCUGCAUGCAGGGCUUAGUCUUGUAUGUGUGCAACCAGCUGCUCAGUGCUACCAGACAAUCCUGCAGCUGGGAGUCGCUAGACAUCUGGCAACGUGGACUGUCACACAGGCCGCCUCCGCUGUUCAGACACAGCUAGUGGAGCCACCUGCACGCAGGGCUGAGCCUUGUAUGUGUGCAACCAGCUGCUCAGCACUGACGGUCAUCCUGCAUCUAGAAGUCGCUAGACAUCUGGCAACGUGGACCGUCACACAGGCAGCCUCCGCUGCUCAGACACUGCUAGUGGAGCCACCAACAUGCAGGGCUGAGCCUUGAAUGUGUGCAACCAGCUGCUCAGUGCUACCAGACAAUUCUGCAGCUGGGAGUCGCUAGACAUCUGGCAAUGUGGACUAUCACAUAGGCCGCCUCCGCUGCUCAGACACCGCUAGUGGAGUCACCUACAUGCAAGGCUGAGUCUUGAACUUGUGCAACCAGCUGCUCAGCACUGACUUGGUCAUCCUGCAUCUAUAAGUCGAUAGACAUCUGUCACCCAGUCUGCCUCAGACUGGGCUGAGCCUGAGCGUGUGUACCCAUUUGAUCAGCGCUGCAAUGUCUGUCCUAUUGCUAAGGGUUUACUGUGAAGUCAGCGCUGCAGCCAUCUGCUGAGUUGAGUCACCUGACCGCUGAGCUAGUGCCUCCUAACAUGCACAACUGCCAAGAUCGUCCUGCUGCCAGAAGUUACUGGAGUUUCAGACGGCUUUUAUCCUCGGAAAUGUAUGUCUCUGAUGUACAGAUAUAUGCUCUGUGACAGUUAUAGGAAUGAGUUUUACGUUUUGCUCUGACUGAGCAGCUGCAAUUACAGUGUUUGUGCAGCGAGGGGCACGCUGAGUGUUGGUGUGUUUAUUGUCCGCUAGGUGUCGCGCGGCAUAAUUUCCUCUCUUUACAGUCUAAAUUACUUCCAUUUGAAGUUUAUCGUGUUUUUUUUUUCAGAAAUAUUUUUUCGUAUUAACAAAUCUACAGUUUAGUUUCGUCCUUUAGGAACACAUCGUAUGUGUUUUUAUCUGUACAUACACCCAACUUUAAAUAGACUUGUACAGGAAAAUUUCAAGUGAGUUAACAUUAUUAUAAAAUAAUAGAUUGUGACUCACAUCCCCGAAAUAAAUACUUUCUUAAGAUUUAAUGGACGGAUACAAUUGAAGUGUGUAAAUGUUUAUUUUUGUGCUGUGUUGUAUUUUAAUGCGUAUAAAAUACGCCAUUGAUUUAUUUCAUGAGAAUCUUUUAAACGGCAUAUUAAUUUCCGAGUUUAUUAUUAAAAUCUUUAUAAUAUAGUUGAUAUAUUAAUUCAAAUUUUCUCUCAAUUAAACGAUAUUUUGAAUGCCUAUGACUUGUAAAUGUGUUUCAGUUUUAAAAUUAAAACAGGAUUUUUUUUCAAUGAAUGACUCAAGGCCUACGAUUCAAUAACAAUUAAUAUAUACAGUUAUAUCGAAAACAUAACAGAGGUUUUUUACUACUUUGAACUUCAUUCAUGCUUUAUGGAACACAAAAUUGUUCUAAAACACGAGAAAAGUGUUACGUUUACAUAUAUGAUACAAUUUCGUAUGACAUUAUUUCAACUAAGUUGCAGCGUUUUUACUUACCAGCCUUGAAACCUUUUAAUAGAAUUUAGCCCAAGAAGUUAUUUGUUAGUAGAGUAUGGUAGACCCUAAAAUGUUACAUAAAUAAAGUUUUUAGACGUUUAAUUUCAACAGUUAUUUAAUAUAAUUCUUCAUUUUUAAGUGCAUUAAAACUUAAAUACCUUUGUUUUUGUUUCGAUAUUUUUGGAGACAUUUCUUUGCGUCCAUUUUGGUUUGAGAAGUGUACCUAAUUUUGCGGUAAAAAUUUUUUUUCACCUAUCAUUUACGCUCUCUAUGAACUAUCUUUUAAAAAUUUUCACAAAAAUUAUGAAUAUUUGAAUAUUUUUAACAUUCCGUGCAAUUAAUUACUUUAAAAAAAAGCUAUGAAACUACGUGGAAAAUAAUAUCAACAGAUUGCAAGCCGAACGGAAAUAAAGUACAGUUCAUCGGAACUAAUAAACAAAUAUUUUUUAUAAAUGAUGGCUUCAGCAAAUUAAUAACUUUGUGUUGGUUUUGUUUCGUUAAAAUUGAAUAAAACAUUGGGUUUAUUUUGAAAUAACUUUUUAUAAUUAUGAUUUUACCUAUUCAAUCAAUGUUAUUAAAAAUAUUUUGAUAGGUACUACUAAGGUAAAACCAACAAAAACAAAUGUUAAGAUAUUGUAUUUAACUACAACGAGAAAAUUACCUUUUUCUUAAAUAUUUGGUUCCGAUAUCCAGAUACAAGGGCUUACAAAAAUUAAUCGAGAUUGGGAACAUUUUCCCAACAAAAAUCAAGUUUGAUUUUGUUUACAAUUUUCAAUGAUUAAUUAAAUUUAAAACAACCUAAUUUUGACUGAAAAAACUGAAUGAUUUAGGUAAAACUAUGGUUGUACAUAUGCUAUCCAUUCAAUUUAUAAUAAAAAUCUCAAUGCAAAAACUUUUUUAUUGACUCUAACUUGGUCCGAAAAUUCAGACAUUAAGAAAUAUGUAAAAUCUGUAUACGUAAAGCAAAUUGUGUACAUACGUUUCCAACAAAACUUACAGUUUAAAGACUCUAAACAGUAAACAUAAUAUAUGUAUAGUGUAAAUUUAUACAAUGAAGGACUGAAAUCAUUUGAGUGAGUGAAUUUUAAUGUCCAAGUGUAAAAGGGAACGCUUUUUGACACUCAAGAUGUUGAGACUGUAUUGUUUUCAGUGUCGACAAUGUCUCUAAAUUAUUAAAAUUAACAGAUAUUUUUUUUAACGAAAAAUAAUGUUUUGGAGAAUCAGUGGUAUGCAUCGUUUGGAGGGGAAAAAAAAAACAAGAAUGUUAUGGAAAUAUUUUAUUGUAACACGUUUGUGUUUGGACUUCCACAAAAAUUGAAAGAUGGAUACAUUUCUCCCAUUCCAAAGUACCCUUCCUAAGUAAACUUCAACUUAUUCGAGACAUUGCAAAUUCGAUCCUCGAGAAUAUUGCGGUGUCUUUUUAGAGAUGUCACUCUAUAUAUGGUUACUGUUAAUGAUUCAAUGACAACUAUACAACCAUUUAAUAAUAAAUAAAAAAUUUACUCAA